AUGGCAGCCCUCGGUGGCCAGACCCUCGCCGCCGCCGCCCCCGCGCAGCCGCCCUCGGCCAGCGGGGACCCGGCGCGCGAGGCUUUCCGCGCCCUCGGGCGCCAGGCGUCGGCCGGGCUCGAGGCGGCGGCCAGCGGCCUCCGCGAGCGCGUGGGCACGCUGAUGGAGGGCCAGCGCCUCCUCAGCAGCGGCGCCGCGGCGGAGCGGGCGCUGCUGGCGAAGGGUGCCGCAGCAGAGGCGUCCGCGGCGGACGCGGAGGCCCUGCGGGUCGCGCCCGGCGCGCUCGCAGCGAUCGAGGGCGCCGCCCAGAUGCUGUGGUACGCCGCCCACCUGGACGAGUUGGCCCCCAACAGCGAGCUCCGAGAUCUGGCGGAGGUCUACUUCGAACGUGCCAGGGCGUUCAGGCUCUCCACCGACACCCUGGGAGGCGGCGCGCUGGUGGCUCCAGAGCUGUCCGCGGCGGAGCAGGACGCCAUAUACCUGGCCCAGACGAGGGCUGCGCUGGCCUGCGGCCUCGACCUGGCCUGCCAGACCGUCAAGGCGAGGUCGGCCGAGGGCGCGGCCGCAGUCGACAAGGCGUCCAGGGGGCUCGCUGACGGCUGCUGCGCGGGUGCCGCGCACCCCGCGCCCCGCCCCGCACCCGAGGCCGCGCCGGCGUGGUGCAGGCCGCAGACGCUGGAGGAGGUGAGGGGGCUCCUGCAGGACAGAGCGCAUGCCCAGGUGCAGGCGACCACGCAGGCGGUGAGCCAGCGCGCGGGCGUCGCGAGGCAGGGCAGCAAGCUCCUCAGAGACGGCGGAGAUGCGGCCGCCCAGGCCCUGCUGGCCAAGAAGGCUGCCAUGGACGCUGCGGCGCGCGACGCCGACGCCGUUGCCAAGGUCGCGGCGGCGGCCGCGGCCUGCCUCGCGUCCGCCGCGGCCGCCCGCCAGGCAGACGCCGCGGCCGACGUCGAGGCGCUGCAGCGGCGUGCGGACCGCUACGCGCUGGUCGCCGCGGACCUGGCGCGCCCGGUGGACCCGCCGGCGCUGAGCGACGCCGAGUGGGACGCGCUGCGCAUGGUGCAGGCGCGGGAGGUGGGCCAGAGCGUGGUGCUGCAGGUGGCGCGCGGCGCGGAGCUCGGCCUCGGGGCCCUGCAGGACGGCACCGUGCGCGGGGCCGAGGCGCUCCGCGCGUGGGCCGCCACGCCCGAGGGCGGCGCAGGCCUGCGCGCGGGAGGCCCGCGCCUGGCCAGGAGCCCGUGCGCGUGA